AUGGAUACAUUCUUCACGUGGGGAGCCAACUCGCACGGUCAGCUUGGCAUUGGUGACGACAACCCACAGCAGGACCAUUGUCCGACGCCUCAGCGCGUUAAGGUCGACAUUGAGGACAAGAAGAUAUCACACGCAGCACUUGGCACCAAUCACAGCAUACUACUCACUCAAUCGGGUGACAUAUAUACCUUUGGCAACGGCGAGAAUCAUCAGCUAGGCCACGGAAACACACGCAGUCGCAUGUGGCCCUCACUAGUUGUCCGACCCAAGAUCAAGGCGUCGGCGAUCUUUGCCGCGGGCGACUGUUCAGCGCUGUUUGUUCAAAACGAGCAGUCGCUCCUCACAGAUAUGGCGCGCGUAGCAGCCAGCCGUAUCAGCGCAGCGGGCAAGAAGCCAAUGUCAGUGUUUGUCGGCACGUGGAACUGCAACGGCAAGCAAUCAAACAAUCUGGCCAACUGGCUGUUGUCCAACUCGUUUGCGCCCGACAUCAUUGUCAUUGGCCUUCAGGAGAUUGUAGACAUGAAGGCUGGCGCCAUUGUCAAGGCCACUGCCGCGGACAAACAGAACAACAAGGAGAACACCUAUCAUCCUUGGAAGCACGCCAUCGAGCAGACCCUAUCACUGUGCUCAGGCAGUCGGUACGUCAAGGUGAAGAACAAGAUCCUUGUCGGCAUGAUGCUACUUGUCUUUGUCAAGGAGGAGCAUGCGCCACAUGUCAAAGACGCAUGUGGGUCCAUUGUCCCAUGUGGAGCAAUGGGUAAAAUAGGUAACAAAGGUGGUGUUGGAAUCAGGUUCUCAUUGUACAAGACCGGUUUCUGCUUCAUCAAUUCACAUCUUGCGGCUGGCGAAUCAAACGAGAGAUUGGAGCGCAGAGCGCAAGACUUCAAGAAGAUACAGAUGAUGUCAUUCGAUGGAAACUUAUCCAUGUUGGAUCAUGAAUGUCUGAUAUGGCUCGGUGACUUGAACUACAGGAUAGACUUGAACCCUGUGGAGUGCAAGGAGAAGAUAAAGGCCAAGAACUGGCAGUCGUUGGUGGCCAACGAUCAGUUGACAUAUGAACGCAAUGCUGGACGCGUGUUCCUGGGCUUCCAGGAGCAGCCAAUCAACUUUGCUCCAACAUACAAGUAUGAUGUUGGCACCAAUCAAUAUGACUCGAGUGAGAAGAACAGGACUCCAUCGUAUUGCGACAGGAUUCUGUACAGAGGCGAUACUAUCAAGCCGCUGGUCUACCAGCGCCACGAGCUGACAGAGAGCGACCACCGACCUGUGUCAUCUCUGUUCCUAGUCGAGGUGCAAGACUACCAGCCGGCGUCCUCUCCACGCGCAGGAGGCUGGACCCGCAUCAAGACAGCCAAGAGCGUCAGCAGCGGAACAUCGCGAUGCGAGUCGCCAGACAUCUCAAACAAGCACAGGAACCAUAAUCACGUGCAGAUGUGCAACUCCCUGCCCUCGCUUCAUCAUCCCAGCCCCUCAAAGAUCACCAUUGGUAACCAACACAGUCUGUUUGAGAGGUCCACAUAUCAACAACAACAGCAGCAGUAUCCAAUCAAACAGUUGCCCAUCCCUCCAGUACCACCAAAGCUCAACAAACUAAAGAUCAGCACCAACAACACCAACAAUAUCAACAUGAGCGACUCUACAUCAUCACUAUCAUCAACAACUUCCACCGAGUCAACAAGCAACAACAGACAACAACAACCACAACAACAGUCACAACAACAAUCACAUCAGUUUGUAAUUGGAUCAUUACCAACAUCACCUUACCUCUUCAACAACAACAAUCUUCGAUUCUCAUCACCUGGCGUCAUCAGGAAGCUUUCACUCUCUGUGGACAACCUUCAUGCAGCUGGCGGUACAUCGCGACAUGGACUGAGUGCACAUCGCAGGAACUUCCUGCUCUCGAUCGGGUCAUCACGACCAGACUCCCCAACACAGGGCAGCAACUUGAGCAUCAACACGAACAACACUUUGACAUCGGGCUCUUCACACACCACGACCAACCCACGCCACAACAUAUCCAACAGCUCAUCAUCCUAUGGCAGCAGUGAUGCCGUACCAAGCCCCAAGAUACUCCCCGUCUCCAAGAGCACGUCCAACCUGUUCAGCUACAUGCCUAGCUCGCUCCCCGAUGAGCCCAACUUCCUCUACAUCGACACGGACACAGAGAUGCUCUCGUCGGACUCUGACUCUUCGUCGGACUCUGAGUCUGAACUUGACGCCGGCGGUCUGCCAAACAACAAGUCCGGAAAGCAGUAUGCACGAUCUGCAUCAUACCUUCUCUAUCUGCCCCUCAACUUCUCUGACGUCAACUAUGCCGACGAAGAUGAGGAGGAUGUAUUAGCCGACCCUUAUAAGCUCACUAGCAAUGGCAAUGGAAAUGGAAAUGGCAAGAAGAACAACAUUAACAACAACUAUAUAUACGAAUCACUGGAUGACAACAAAUCAAUCAAUCAUCAUCACCAAGCGGAGGAACUGUUGUUGCCACAGCACCAACCACAUCAUCAUGUGCAACGACAACAUCAUCAGCAACAACAGGAAGACGACAAACGCAUUUCACAACAUCAAGGCACAUUCCAGACCUUCUUAGAGGAUAACAUUGUCUUGGAUAACAUAUUUAUCGAGCGAUAUAUCUCUGACAACAUUGACAGCAGUAGCAUUAGCAGUGAUAUCAGUAGCUGUAGUAGUACCAUCUUUGACGACAACAAUAACAACAACAACUAUAUGUCAACACCAACCAAGAUGAUCAACAGAGACAACAAUAACGACAAUAGAGCGAGCAUUGGUACACUAUCACCAUCGUUAAAGUCGAGUGGAAUCAAGUGGAUAUCAUCCAAGAUUGUACUUGGCGGACAACGUAGGAAGGAUUCAUUGGCCAAUAAAUGA